UCUCUGGGAAAAAAACUUAUUUUAGAAAACCAUGCCGCAACAGUGUGUCAUAGAAUAUUGCCGGAAUAUUAGAGUGGCUGGAGGGGAUCGUUUUUUUUUCGUUUUCCUGCUGUACGGAGUACCAGUUCAUCGAAGCGAAAACGUUUGUUAACGCAGCGACGAAACCGGUGGAAAGUUGCGUGCGGAGUUGCGACAGUGGCCGCGUCUAUGCGUGUUUGUAGCCGGCAUUUCGUGGGAGGCAAGCCAGCUGAUCCAGAUGAUUAUAGAAAUGUUGACUGGACACCGUCUGUUCUACUGUCUGAACCAUCUGUGCUUACUCCAACUGACUGACCAACUGUGCUGACUUCAACAAAAUUCUCUCCGAGGCAGAACAAUGGACAUAUGGUCGAUACAAAUCCUGAGAUCAAGACGGACCCUACCCCAAGCCCAACUGCAUAUUGCGUAAUCCGGUCGUCUGAUUUUGAUUCGAAUGUGAACAUGUUGGAGUUAAGUUCGCAGCUGUUUAACAGUGAUGAAAUCCACCAUCCCGAUAUUUCAUGUUUGGAUUCAGAUACGGUGACCGCUGUUAGAACGAGUUCUGCAGCCACACAAGCAAUCGAUAAAGCAGAUGAUAGAACUAUUGAUUUGAUACCGUGUUUUCUACAACCUGAGCAAUCUGUGCUUAUCUCAGCUAAAUGUAGCGUGACCCCACCAGCGUAUCAUGGAGGCGACGAUCCAAACAUAUUUGAUGCCAUUGUAUUCACUCCAGAUUCAAGUUGGCAGCCGUUUAACGGUGAUUUGCAGUUGGACCAUCUUGAUAUUUCUUGUUUGGAAUCGGAAACGGUGACCGCUAGUGAAGCGAACUCUGCAGCCAAGCAAAAUAUUGUGCGGUGCGUAUCCAUAUCGGAACCAAGUCGCUUAGAACUUUGUGCUAAACGGAAUUUAGCGAACAAUAUCUUAACCUUUCGUUACUCUCCCCAACUUCGGUGCAAAGGCAUGCUACAACAGCAAAUUUCACUUGAAUUUUUACCUGGUGAAAUAAUUAUGAAACUUUGUCCUCCGAUUAAAAGAUCUUGCGUUACUGAACAACUUUGCUAA